AUGGCGAUUUAUAAGGGAGCUGCCAGCGAGGCUGGUAGAGCGAUGCAGUUGAUAAAAAAGCGUGAAAAGGAGCUGGAAGAAGCGGAAUUACGUCGAAAAAAGAUUGAGAAUGAUUUGAAAAUAUCUGCGAUUGGGUCGAAAUUCGCUACUCAUUAUGAUGCUGUUGAGCAGCAGCUAAAGGUGAGGAUGACGGGAAAGGUUCUAUGUGUAGAUUUUUCUUGUUUUCUAACUAGGGCAUGCAUUCGUGGAUUGCGUGUUUAUGGAUGCAUUGUCCUUCGUUUCUUUCAGUCCUCAACCAUUGGUCUCGUGACUCUUGAGGAAAUGAAAGCAAAGCAGGAGAAUAUUGUUCAAGCUCGUGAGCGUCAAAUCGCCAAGAAAGAGGAAGAAUUGCGAAAACAGCAGCGUCGGAUAGAGAAGGCGAAAGAACGCGAAAAGAAUCGUCAGAAGGCUCAAAUUCAAGCGCUGUCUUUUGAUCCAGAAGAGGACCAAGACGAAGAAGAAGACGACGACGACGACGACGAUAAACCAUCCUCACCAAAGAAAAUACGCAGUCUAGGCAAGGACCCAGCCGUGGACACGAGCUUCCUGCCCGACAAAAACCGCGAAGAGGAAGAAAACGUGCUGCGAGAACAACUACGUCAAGAAUGGGUCAUCAAGCAAGAAGAGGUGAAGAAAGAAGAGAUUGAAAUCACCUUCAGCUACUGGGACGGGUCCGGCCACCGAAACAGUGUCAAGAUGAAGAAGGGCCAAACCAUGUACCAGUUUCUGCAAAAAGCUUUAGAAAUGCUUCGGAAGCAGUUUCCUGAAUUGCGUACUGUUUCUGCAGACCAGUUGAUGUAUGUUAAGGAGGAUCUGAUUAUUCCUCAUCACUAUUCAUUCUAUGACUUCAUCGUGACAAAAGCUCGUGGAAAAAGUGGUCCAUUGUUUGCAUUCGACGUCCAUGACGAUAUUCGACUGGUGAACGACGCUUCCGUGGAAAAGGAAGAAUCGCACGCUGGCAAGGUUCUGACGCGGUCGUGGUACGAGAAGAAUAAGCAUAUUUUCCCCGCGAGUCGCUGGGAACCGUACGACCCACACAAGAAUUACGACAAAUACACCAUUUCCGACGGACGAGGAAAGAAGGCCAAAUCUUGAUGACCCCCUUUGAAGAUCGCUGUUUUUCUCAUGCUUCGAUUUUGCAAUAUGUUUGGAAGAAAAAUAUCACUUGCAUAUGUUCAUGUUUUUCUACUUGCCUCUUCUUGCUUUCUUUUUUUGAUAACGCUUCCGAACCUCGUAGUGCAGCAUCACUUAGCCAUCAAUUAUUAUACGGGUCUUACGACUGUUUAAAAAUAAGAUAUUUCCGAAUUACCAACUUUGAAAUUAUAUUAUUCCGAUGGCGAUGAUUUUUGGUUGUUGCCAGAAUUGGUCCUUAUUGUAUUUAUUUUUCGCAGGAAUACCGUGUAAGGUGCGCGAAAAUGAAGAUAGAAGAGAUGAAAGCUGUGGGCCAGGCAGCCCGUGUUGCCGCUCACAGUCACAUCAAGGGCCUUGGUCUGGACAAAGCUCGUAUGCCGAUUCCAAUAGCUUCGGGGCUGGUUGGACAAGAAAAAGCCCGAGAAGCUGCCGGCUUUCUAGUGGAUCUAAUCAAUUCCGGCAAAUUUGCGGGCAGAGCUGUGCUUCUUGUGGGUCCCCCAGGCUCAGGUAAGACUGCAAUCGCCACCGCGAUUGCAAAGGAGCUGGGUUCCAAAGUUCCCUUCCGGCCCAUGGUUGGCUCAGAAGUCUACAGUUCAGAAGUUAAGAAAACUGAGGUUUUGAUGGAGAACUUCAGACGGGCUAUUGGUCUGAGAGUGAAGGAAACAAAAGAAGUGUAUGAAGGGGAAGUUACGGAGCUGACCCCGCAAGAGAUCGAAAACACCAUGGGUGGAUAUGGAAAAACCAUUGCUGGUGUCAUUGUUGGGUUGAGAACCUCGAAGGGCACGAAGCAGUUGAAACUAGACCCGACGGUUUUCGAAGCGUUGCAGCAGGAGAAGGUCGCUGUCGGAGAUGUAAUCUAUAUCGAAACAAACACCGGCGCCGUGAAGCGUCAAGGUCGGAUGGAUGCUUAUGCUGCCGAGUUCGACCUUGAGACGGACGAAUUCGUGCCGUUGCCGAAAGGUGAAGUGCACAAAAAGCGGGAAGUCGUGCAAGACAUCACUUUGCAUGACCUGGACGAGGCCAAUGCGCAACCGCAGAACCACGGCGGCCAGGACAUCUUCUCCAUCAUGGGGCACAUCAUCAAAGGCCGGAAAACAGAAAUCACCGAUAAGCUUAGGAAGGAAAUCAAUAAGUAAAGAAUGGGCGUUGCAGGAAAAAAUCCGAAAAACUCGAUCUUCAAAUUUUUGGAUGAUCAGUGCGAGAAACAUCUUGUUGUCACAUUGGAUUUAUUAGAAGGAAAACGGGAAAGAAGCGAAAGCCAGAUAUAACUUUCCUGGAAUUAAAUCGGAUGAAGGCUUCAAAUUCAUUUAACUUGGCACAGCACAGUAGUUAUGUUUUCAACAAUUGGACUGAGUGCGGGUGUAACCGCGGUGACUAAAGAGGCAAAUGGUUCAUGGCGUGAUCACGACUUUCUUCGCCUAAAGAGUAACCUCGCUUUCCUUACUCGUUGUUCAUUGGAUUUAAUUAUGGAAUUUGAAAAAAAUGUUCGGGCCAGGUUGUGAACCGAUACUUGAAAGAAGGAAUAGCUGAACUGGUGCCCGGAGUACUUUUUAUCGACGAAGUACACAUGCUGGACCUGGAGUGCUUCACAUACCUGCACAGAGCGUUGGAGAGUCCGAUCGCGCCGAUCGUGAUUUUUGCGUCGAACCGCGGCAAUUGCCUCGUGCGCGGCACCGAGGAUGUCGAGUCUCCCCAUGGAAUCCCCGGCGAUCUCCUGGACCGGAUCCUCGUGAUUGCAACAGAGACGUACGAGCAUCAGCACAUGGUGGAGAUUUUGCGGAUCCGAGCGCAAGCGGAGGAUAUCGACAUUGAGGAGACGGCGUUGGAGGCCCUGGCGGCCGUUGGCGAGAGGGCCACGUUACGAUACGCGGGGCAGCUGCUGACGCCGUCGCGGGUCAAUGCGCAACUCAGCGGACGAUCAACGGUGAUGAACGAGGACGUGACACAAGCCUCGGACCUUUUCUACGAUGCCAAAAGCUCAGCGGACAUUCUCAUGAGCGAAGAGGGAUU